AAAAUGUCCUCAUUUUUGGUCUAAUAGGCAGCGUCAGCACGGAUUCCUUCCAUCGAGUUCAGAUGCAAUACUCUCCCUUAUUUAGCUUGCAGGCACGCGACAAGAUGAGUCCCGCGAGUCCUUUCGCCUUCCACUCUUGACAAGUAGGCGCCAUCCCUCUUCGCGUCGCGUUCGAUUCGGUCGCUUUCUUGAUAUCGGGUGUCCAGUCGCGAUGGCGGGCGAGCCGGGCCGGCGCCGUUCGCAUCGGUUCCUGAUGCUGUGCGUUCUCGUUCUUUUCCCCUCGCUCGUCCUCGGGGACUGCUCGUGCGACAGCGCCGGCGGGGGGGACACCAAGAAUGUGGUGCUCAAGUACAAAGUGGCCGCGAUAUUCGCCAUCCUCUUCGCGAGCGCGGUCGGCGUGUGCAUCCCUCUGCUCGCGAGGGUCAUCCCGGCCAUCGGCCCCGAUAGGGACGCGUUCUUCGUGGUCAAGGCGUUCGCGGCCGGGGUGAUCCUCGCGACGGGCCUCAUCCACGUCCUCCCCGACGCGUUCGACAGCCUGACGUCGCCGUGCCUCGACCAGAACCCCUGGGGCAACUUCCCCUUCGCGGGGUUCGUGGCCAUGGUCGCCGCGAUCGCGACACUGAUGGUGGACGCCUACGCGACCUCCUACUACACGAGGUCCCACUUCAGCAAGGCUCGGCCGGCGGCGAGCAAGGGGGACGAGGAGACCAAGGCCGCCGCCGGCAGCGAAGAUCACGCCGGGCAUUUGCACAUGCACACCCAUACGACUCACGGGCACGCCCACGGCUCGGCAUAUCAGGAUCAAGAACCGGGCACGUCGGAGCUUCUCCGCCAUAGAGUCAUAUCGCAGGUCUUGGAGCUGGGGAUCGUGGUGCACUCGGUGAUAAUAGGGAUUUCGGUGGGGACUUCCGGGAGUUUACAGACGGUGAAGACAUUGAUGGCUGCUCUGACUUUCCAUCAGUUCUUUGAAGGCAUGGGACUCGGCGGGUGCAUCGCUCAAGCCAAGUUCAAGGCAACAUCCACAGUGAUAAUGGCCAUCUUCUUCUCCCUCACCACGCCACUCGGGAUCGCCAUCGGCAUUGGGAUAUCCAGCUCGUACGACGACAACAGCCCGAGGGCCCUGAUCAUCCAGGGCAUCUUCGACGCCGCGUCGGCCGGCAUCCUGGUCUACAUGUCGCUUGUUGACCUGCUCGCGGCGGACUUCAUGAGCGCCAAGGUGCAGGGGAAUGGGAGGCUCCUCCUGCUGUGCAAUGUCUUCCUCCUGUUCGGUGCUGGUUGUAUGUCCUUCUUGGCCAAAUGGGCAUGAAUGAGUCUCAAACUAUUUUGUUCUACAAAAUUGUUUACAAUAAAAAUGGCGUUCAGUGUUUC